GUCGUGGUAGGUUCCGCUUACGAGAUUAUUUACAGAUCAGUGGCCCAGGCGCGGCUGUGUUGCGAUGGAUUACGUCAGUGUGCUGCUAUACCUGGUGCUGCCCCUUCUGGGUCUGGCGUACUACUACACCCGGCAGCUGUACCGCUACUGGGACCAGAGAGGGAUCCCGCAGCUGGAGGCAUCGUUUCCGUUGGGCAACAUGAAGGACGUUGGCCGGACGCUACACUUCAACGACGUGCUGCAGCUGGCCUAUGAUUUGGGCAAGUCGUUGUCCAGACCGUUCGCCGGGAUGUACUUCAUGCUCAAGCCCGUGCUGAUCGUAACGGACCUGGACAUGGUGAAGUGCAUGCUGGUUAAGGACUUCAACAGCUUCCACGAUCGCGGGCUGUACGUGAAUGAGCGGGAUGACCCGCUGUCGGGUCAUCUGUUUGCGAUCGAUGGCGAGCGGUGGCGCUUCCUGCGCAAUAAGCUUAGCCCCACGUUCACGUCCGGCAAGAUCAAGGCCAUGUUCACCACGAUAUGUGAGAUAGGUGAUGAGUUUUUGGCGUCCGUCACAAAGUACGUCGAUCGCGGUGAGCCCAUCAACAUGAAGCUGCUCUGCCAGUGCUUCACCUGCGACGUGGUGGGUUCGUGUGCCUUCGGACUGCAGUGUAACUCGUUGAAGAACGAAGGCUCGAAGCUACUGACGAUUGGCGAUGAAGUGUUCAAACCGCCGGUCUGGCGUAACAUGUACAUCUUCCUGCUGAUAACAUUCAAAGAGUGGGGUCGCAAGCUGCGCCUGCGUGUCUUACCGUCCAGCGUGUCAUCCUACUUUAUCAGUCUGGUGCGCGAAACGGUGGAGCACCGCGAAAAGAACCUUAUCGAGCGGCCCGACUUUCUCAAUAUGUUGAUCCAGCUGAAGAACAAGGGAACCGUGGAGGAGGGCGAGGCCGAUGGACCCCAGGACAAGUUAACGCUCGAUGAAGUGGCCGCUCAGGCGUUCGUGUUUUUCUUUGCCGGUUUCGAAACGUCAUCGACCACGCUCUCGUUCGCGCUGUUCGAGCUGGCCAACAACCGCGACAUCCAGGAGCGGGUGCGCGAGGAAGUGCUGGACAAGCUGCGGCUCCACGGCAACAAGAUCACGUACGAAGCGCUCAAGGAAAUGACGUACCUCGAUCAGGUCAUCAACGAGACGCUUCGAAUGUACCCACCGGUACCGCAGCUGAUUCGCGUCUCGACCAAGCCGUACCACGUCGAAACGGAAAAGUUUACGCUCGAGAAGGACUGCAUGUUGAUGGUGCCCAUCUACUCGAUACACUACGAUCCCGCGAACUAUCCGAAUCCGGAACGGUUUGAUCCGGACCGUUUCGCGCCGGAAGCGGUCCAGGCGCGCCAUACCCACGCAUUCAUACCGUUCGGCGAUGGGCCUCGCAACUGCAUUGGAAUGCGGUUUGGGCUGCUGGAGGUCAAGUUCGGUAUCGUGCAGCUGGUGAGCCGGCUGCGGUUCACGGUCAGCUCACGGAUGCCACUUCCGAUACGCAUGUCCAAAACCGCCAGCAUGCUGGAGGUCGAGGGCGGCAUAUGGUUGGAUGCUACCAAGUUGUGAGUGAGCGAGCGAGGCGGUGCAGGAAAUUAACUACCAACCACUCAUCACUGGUGCAGCCGUUCAUCGGAACAUGCACCCUAAGGAUAUAUGCUUCGUUAAUCGUACUAACCCAAUAUUACACUACGUUGUACCCGUAUGCCACGAUUCGUUUUUAAAAUAACUAAUAUUAGUAAUGAACAUUCGUUCAAGGAGUGGUUUUAAACGAGUAACAUAAAGGAAAGUCAAAUAAAAGACAAAAUACA